ACAUCACAACUUCCUGACCACUUCCUGGCAGUAACGUGAUAAAGUUCAGCGUUUCUAUAAAAUAACAUUUAUAUAAGGUUAAUUUAACACAAUGGGUGCUGAAAGCAGCACAUUUAUAAGCAGUGAAUGGAGUGAGGCUGAGAAAAAUGGCCUAUGGUGGAUUCAACAUGGAAAAACUGACAGUGGUGAUGAAGUCAGUAUGUUUACUCCGGUCAAAAAUGACAAGAAAUCAGAGAAUUUGUUAAGGAAACUGACAAAGCAACUUCGUCUUGUGCGACAUCCGUGUAUCUUAAUCUAUUUGGAAAGCCAAGAGGAUGUAGACACCCCACAGUUAUUCACAGAGAAAGCAGUUCCUCUAGACUCUGUUCUAUCCACUCUUGAUCCCAUAGAAAUAUGUGCCGGCCUUCAUAGCGUGAUGCAAGCCCUUAGUUUCCUUCAUGAAAAGGCUGGUGUUAGUCAUAACAACCUCCACACUGGAUGUAUCUAUGUGAGCACUGAUGGUAGCUGGAAACUUGGUGGGCUGGAACAUGCCACACGGUUUAGUGAGACAACAGCGACAACCUUAGCUUCUAGUCGAAAACACAGGGAGGAUACAGCUAUAGCUCCUGAAGAAAAGGCAGGUAAGGUCCUACCGGGCUCGGAGCUAGGCCAUGCACGUGAUGUUUACGCCUUCGCUGUCAUGGUUGAAGGGAUGUUGGAGAGACUGUCAGAACUAGGUAAUGGUGAGCUGAUAAAGACCUUUGAACUGCGGAUACAGGAUGAAUGUUUGGAUGAAGAGCCGAGGAAAAGACCGAAGAUGGCAUCACUCCUGAAUGACAGAUUGUUUACAACUGAGUUUCUACAGAUAGCUGCUUUCCUUGACAAUGUAGCCCUUAAAUCAGCGACGGAAAGAAAGAAGUUUUUCAGACACUUACUACCCAAGCUGUUCGACCUACCAGAGGAGUUUUCAGCCAAACGUCUGGCGCCAAAACUUCUGUCCCGAUUUGUGUUACUGGAUGUCACUGCGGUGGAGUAUAUACUGCCUAGUGUCCUUACGCCAUGCUCAGAAGAUGAAAGACCAUCCAAGUUCAAGCCGGGAGAAAUAGCACCCCUGUUUACAGAGUCAGUGUUUAAAAGAUACCUUGUGCCAAAAUUAGUGAAGAUCUUUACAGUGCACGAUUUUCACGUGCACAUUCUCAUGUUGACCUACUUAAGGAAAUUUAUUUAUCUCGUGGAUAAAGAUGAUCUGGAGUUUGAAAUCCUGCCUCAGGCACUGCUAGGACUACGGGAUUCGAGCAAUGAGAUUGCAGCUUUAAGUCUCCAUGCUCUGGCAGACAUGAUACCUAUUCUAGGGCGGGAGGCAGUGAUUGGUGGAAAAUGUAAAACAUUCUUCAAGGAGGGCCUUCCAAAGGAUGAAGGCAGAACCAAGUUUUCGCCCAACAACAGGCAUUCGAAUGUGAGUGGAGUCAUGCCCAAUAUGAAGCUGGUUGAAAUGACAUCACCCAGUGGCAGACCUUAUACCAACUCAACCAAACCUCCAAAUGACACAGAUCAGGUGCUUCUGAACGACCCUGAUGGAGAUCGGGAAUUGAAGGAACUGGAAAAACGAAAGGAAAGGGAUCGCAAGCGGGAAGAAAUGAAACGACAGCGGGAGGAGAGAAAAAGAGCAAGGGAUGCAGCAAGAGCAAAAGUGGUUGAAGAAGAAAAGUGCAAAGGUUUAGGAACUCGCAUAGUAGAACCUAAUGAAAAUAUCAUUGAUACAGAAAGAAUCUCACCUAGGCAAUCUAAAAAUAGUGUUCAAGACAAUGAUGCUGAUUGGUCAGAUCAGAAUGAGGCUGAGAAACCCUCUUUCAGCAAAUCUGAUUGGACAGCACCAAAUGACAGCUCAGCAGUGAAUGAAAAUGGUGAAAGUCAUUGGUCAGAAAAUGAAGAUGAAAAUUGGUCAGAUUUUGGUGAUAAUUCUAAAAAUGAUUCUGAUAUAAGUGAUGAAAUAGAGAAAGAAUUAGAAAUGAUGACUGUAAGUGAUCCUGUUAUAUCUUCUAUAGGUGAAAACAGUUUACAAAGACAACCAAAAAUUAAGGGGAGUGCAUUAAAACUUGCUGUUAAUAAGACAAAAACAGAAAAAGAAAGUGAAAUUUCAGCAUUAGACAAAACCACUAAGACUUUUGACAGUGAAAAAAAAAUGAAAACCAAGGCAAUACCUACCAAAUCUUCCCCGAAAUCACAAUCAAGCAAAUCGCGAACACAAGCAAAAACUCUUGGCGCGGAGUUUGACAUUAAAACUAUAGACAUAAAAGUGGAGAAAAAAGAAGCUGAUCCGUUUGAUUUCUUCGCAGAUAUGAAACCAAAUAUAGAAACUAAGUCUUCCCUGUUGGAAUCUAGUCAUAAAGGAAAGACAGAAUCUGAUUCAGUAUCACCUGAGCACUUGCACUUUGAAGUUAUGGAAGCUACAGAAGUGGAGGAAGGAGGUGGCUGGGGAGAUGAGGACUGGUGAAGGUCAAUGGUCACGGGUUAUCAAAGUUUGAGGAGAAAUGAUUGGAUAUAAGGGUCCUAGAUAUAAAAAGUCAAGGUUGCGGAUGUCUAUUUUAAAGGGUUUUUCGAGAUCAAUGUUCAAAGCCUAAGAUCUAUAUCAAUUUUCAAGUUAUUGGAUAUAAAUGUUCAAGGUCUUGGAUAUCAAGUUCUUUUUUGUCAGUGUUCAAGGUCUUGGAUUUCAAUGUUUUAGGUACUGAAUAUCAAUGUUCAAGAUCUUGGAUAUUUAAGUCAAAGAUGUCAAUGUUCAAGUUAUUGAUAUCAAUCUCCAAGGUCUUCAGCAUCAAUGUUUAUGGUCAUGGAUAUCAGUCUUCAAGGCUUUGGAUAUCAGUCUUCAAGGCUUUGGAUAUCAAUGUUCAAGGUAUUGGAUGUCAAUGUUCAAGGUCCUGGAUAUCUUAUGUUCAUGGUCUUGGAAAUCAAUGUCCAUGGUCUGGGAUAUCAAUGUUCAAUAUCCUGGAUAUCAAUGUUCAAGGUCCUGGAUACCGAUGUUCAAUGUCCUGGAUACCAAUGUUCAAGGUCCUGGAUAUCAAUGUUCAAGGUCCUGGAUAUCAAUGUUCAAGGUCCUGGAUAUCAAUGUUCAAGGUCCUGGAUAUCGAUGUUCAAUGUCCUGGAUAUCAAUGUUCAAGGUCCUGGAUAUCGAUCUUCAAUGUCCUGGAUAUCAAUGUUCAAGGUCCUGGAUAUCAAUGUUCAAGGUUAUGGAUAUUGAUGUUCAAAGUCAUGGAUAUCAAUGUUCAAGGUCCUGGAUAUCGAUGUUCAAGGUCCUGAAUAUCAAUGUUCAUUGUCAUGGAUAUCAAUGUUUAAUGUCAAGUCAAUGAUAUCAAGGUCCAAAGUUAUUCAUUUUAGGCCAAUUCCUUUGACAAUGGCCACUGCCAAUAUGUUAAGAUAUUUGCAAAGACCAUGUGAUUUCAAAAUCAAAGGCUAACAUUACUAAAACUUUUAACGCAAAUGUCAUUAUCACAAACAACGUUCAAGUGCCAAUUAGUCUCAAAUCUCAAAGACAGACUCAUCUUGGGCUCAAAUUGAAUAGAUUGUUUUUAAAUGUUUUCAUUCUUACAGCAUACAGAGGAUGAAAAAUGCUGUAUAUAUUACUGGUAAUAUAUUUCGGCUUAAGAAACGCAAUAUAAAUAAUUUUAUUUCAUUUUAGAACUCCUUGCUUCUUCGAGUUUCAGACGUGAGACUGUUUUUUUAAACAUGGACCCAAAUACCAAGCACCAUAGUCAUUUUCGUCAGGUUUUGUUAUAAAUGUGCUUAAUUGUUUUUUUGUUAAACAUGUUUCAUUUUAUGUCAAUGUCAUUUUCGAUAUACGCACAUGAAAUGUCUUUACUUUGUGUUUUUGCUUAACAUGUGCAAUUUUAUGUUAAUUUUAUUAUUUUUACCUAUAAUGCAUAAAACAGCUGUCAGAUUAUGUUUAUAAUUAUAUAAUAUUAUAAAUAAAUUAUUAUAACUUUAUAUCAUUACACUUACUAUUAAACUAUUGGUGAAUUAAUGGUACUGAUUUCUAAUAGUUUACCAUUAUAGCUUUUUGGUACAAGUUGUCAACUAAAGAUGGAAAAAAAAGAAAUUAUGUUGUCACAGACAUCAUAUAUCUUAAAUGGUUACGUUCAAUACAUCUUCAGACAUUCUGUAAAUAUUUAUACAAAUAGAAAAUGUUUUUCUUCGGCUGACGAAAUUUCAAUUUUCACUAAAUGGACGAUAAUCAAUCACAUAAGUUUACAAAGAUAUCCGUAAGAGGUACUUAGAUAUGAUUUGCCUAGUUUUAUUGCCAUUCUUUUAGAAACUGAAAACUAUUUAUGUUGGAAAAUUGCCCAAAAGCAUGUUUUGUCAUAAACUUACCCAAUAUAAUAUAAGUUAUUAUAAUGCGUAAAUAAAAUAUUUUUCGCUCUGAAAUGAUGAUUUUUGUAUUAUAAAAGAUAUUUUUUUAUGUACAUGUUGUUAGAACUUUAGAAAAAUACCAUGUCAGCAUUUAUUUUUAAGGAUAUGAAAUUUGCCAAAAUUAAUAUUCUCAAAAUUUGUUUACAUUCUGUCUAGUUCAAUCUGUAAAGGGUGUCUUUCAAAUUUUAUAUGGUCAGAAAUCAAAAAAAAAAAAAAAAUUAGUGUAAAAAUCAUUUGUUAUUUGAAAUGUUAAAAAUUUUAAGAUGUUUUUAUCAUUGUUACAAGCAUUUUUAAGUUUCAAAGGGCAAUUAAAUCUAUAUUGUUAAUUUUGGGCUACAUUCUAUUCAAGUUAUUAAUCUUCUCAAGAACUGACCCUUUCUGCAUUUUACUUAAAAACAUGACAAAGUUUAUUUUCUUAAAAGUCUUUGCUGGUUUUUCUUCAGCAGCAAAAAGGGUUUUUCUAGCAGGGUUCUCAAUAAGUUUUGGUUAAACCCUUUCAAAUAGUGACUUUAUCAACCAGCUAAUACUCAUUCUACUUAGAAUUCACUUAACAUAUUUUUCCAAAUUUGGUCCAGCCAAAUUGCCAUUUGAAUAGUCUAUUUUGGCCGGCAGCCGGUACCUUUUGAGAACACUGUUCAAGGCAAUAUGAAAUGUUGUUAAAUAUUCUACUUUUGACAAAUCAAAAUCAUGGUAAAUUCCCUUCCCUAAAAUUGCCACCAACUUCCACCAAAUGCCAUAGAUUUGGGUGGCAAAUUUGAUGAAAAAUGAUUGGCACUUGAUGGAAUAGCAAGAAUUUCACCAACUGCCAUGAAAUUUCCACCCAAAUGGAGCUGGCAUUUGGUUUAAAAUGUUCCAAUACUCCACCAACUGCCACAUGGAAUAUGGUGAAUAUGGUGAAAAAUAAGAUCAAAGUCUCAUUUUCUUCUGUUUUUCAUCGUUUUACACCAAUUUCCACCCGUUUCAAUACUCCACCAACUGCCGCCCAUUUUCCAUGUCCAAUUCGUGGCAAAUUAAGGGAAGGGUUGUAAACAUUGAAAAUAAUUUUUCAUCCAUCAUCUGGGAAAAGGAUUUUGGUUAUUGGUCCCAGCUAUUAUCAACUGCUGAGUUGAAAUUUUAUUGUAAAUCAGUGAAGUUAUUUUAUUUGUACAGUGUAAUUGUCUUAAAGGGACUCGCUCAUGUUUGGCACCAUUUUUUCCUGAACAUACAUGCCAUAUUUUUGAAAGGCUCCCCAGGGGAUUUUGUUCAGAACUCCAGGGGAUUUGAGUCACAUACCAGGGGAUUUUUAUCAACACCAUUUAGCGCUUUGGCAUGAGUAUCAUUUCACCUUCUUUUUCUUUUUGCAACAUCCAGAAGUGUUUUAUCUACACUUCUUUAUGUCAUUUAUAUUUCUAUGACACACUGUGAGCACUGAUGAGUAUAUGUAGGAAUCUUUGUGGGCGUGAGGUUUUGUUGCCAGUUUUUCUAAUUUUUCUUUGACUAUACUGGCAUAGGUGUGAGUUUGCACCCAACUAAAACCAGAAUAGGAAGGAAAGUGUUUCUCAUAUACAUACCUAUGCCAGUAUAGUCAAAGAAAAAUUAGAAAAACUGGCAACAAAACCUCACGCCCACAAAGACCUACACAUUCAGAAGAAUAACUUAACCAUUAAGCCUUUUGUUGAAUCGCUAUUCAAAAUUGUGGACUUCAAAGACAAAAUUUUAGCAUAUAUCUACAUUAAAAUUUUGUUUGAAGGGUUGCAGCCAUCAGAAUCUUAGUUUUAACACUCUUGAUGAUUUGCCACACUUUAUUUCAUCAUACAAAAAGAAAGUGCAUUUUACAAAAACAUGAGCGAAGUCCUUUUAAACAUUUUUAUUGAUAGAUCUGUGUUUAAUACAAGGUAUGUUUACAUAAGACUAUUUUUAAUUUUAUGUCUCAUUCUUGGGUACUAAAUUGGCAUUUCUUGCUUAGCUGUUCUUGCUUGUAUCUUUUGCUACAGGAUUUUGUCUUGUAUGGGAGAAAAUAAAAGAAAAAAAAUGACCAGUA